CGCUGUGUAAACUUAUUAUUAAGUAGUUAGUCGGAAAGCUGAUAGCUUUAUUUCUAAUUGAGGCGGCAAACUGAUUGUAUUCCUAUUAGCAUUAGGAGAAUAGAUUGAUCAUAUAAAUCUUUAUAUAUUAUUCUUCUUUCAUUAGCGCAAAACCCUAGUGAUUACUUUCUUGAAACAAUGAAGGGAAAGUUUGAAGAAGAGAACAACCUUGGAGAUGGUGUCUCAUGGUGGAGAGGGAAGUUGCUUGGAGAAGGAGGAUUUGCGUCUGUUUACUUGGCAAAAUUAAAGAAAAACUAUUGCCGAAAAAAAGUUUAUCCACCGCUAAUGGCCGUCAAGUCAGCGGAGUUCUCUGAAUCAAAUUCACUGCAGAACGAGAAAGAGGUAUUCAACAAUCUUUGUACUUGUCCUUAUAUUCUUAAAUGUUACGGUGAAGAAACUACUUUCGACAAGAAUGGUUACUUAUCUUACAAUGUAUUAUUGGAGUAUGCUUCUGGUGGAACCCUUGCUGCCCUUAUUAAGCAAUCGGGUGGCUGUGGGUUGCCUGAAUCGGAUGUGAAGAGAUACACAAGGUGUAUUCUUCAAGGAAUUGAUUAUAUUCAUCGUCACAGUUAUGUGCAUUGUGAUUUGAAGCCUGAGAAUGUGUUGCUUGUGGCUAUUGAGAAUGAUGGCUUUGUGCCAAAGAUUGCUGAUUUUGGUUUGGCCAAGAAAGUACUGAAGAAUAACAAGAGAAGAAAGAUGACUGAUUCUUUCAUUGGAGGGACUGUUCUGUAUAUGGCUCCUGAGACUCUGAUUGAUCAUAUUCAAGAGUCGCCUUGUGAUAUUUGGGCUCUUGGUUGCAUUGUUUUUGAGAUGCUUACUGGGAAGAGGGUUUGGGAUUCAAAACCUGAAGCGGCAACCGAAGAAUUGAUCAAAAGGAUUGGUGACAGAUUUGAAUUGCCUGUAAUUCCUUCUGAGAUUUCGCAAGAUGGCAAGGAUUUCUUGAAAAGGUGCCUUGUCAAGAAACCAGCGUUUAGAUUCACUUCUGAGAUGCUACUGGAUCAUCCUUUCAUGUCAGGACUGGAUGACAGCAAGAGCAGUGACUUUAAGGAUAUUUCAGAUGAAGGAUGUGUGUCUAAUGCUGAUAAUGAAUUUGAUGAUUCAAGCUAUUCUGAAGACUGGAGUACGUCUAAAGAUAGCUCUCUAGAAGAGAGUGAUGAUCGAUCGCAUUGUAGUUCCCUUGAAACAAUAGGCUUAGGAGACCAAGGAUGGCCUGAACUGCAGGUAAGGAUGAGAUAAAAGCAUUGAGAAGGUUCAGCUAGCUAGUAACGUGUAGGAUGUAGGACAAAGGUUCAGCUUUCAGCGGCAGUUUGUUACUCUUUUGGUUGGUUGAUUCUUUUUCUAUGGCAGAGGGAUGCCACUCUUGCUGGAAACUCUCAUGGAUUAAAAAUGUACAUUUACCAAUUCAGUCUUAUUUUUUCUCUCAAAUCAAAUGUAAUUACUUGCUUAAAAUUUAUAAGAGGAAUAUAAAUGUUUUAGUUCUA